CAAACAAACUUUUUUUUUUAUCUUAUAAAACAAUUGAUAUUUUGACAUAGGAUAUAUUUUCUUCAACAAAAAAAUAAGUUUUCUUAAUUUUCAAUUUCUUUUGAUUAAAAUCUACUCUAUAACUCGGCUUUACUUUCUAACAAAACUAAACUUUAUAAUAAUAAAAUUAUUACCAUUAUAACUGUGUAUUUUUCAACUAUUUUUUUUGUAUUUUUAUUAAACUGCAUUUGUAAUAAGGAAUUUUUCUACGUAUUUGCAGAUUAUGAGAAAUUAAAAGCAAUUUAUCACGGAGCGACGGCAAUAGAAGAAAUGACUAAGUCUUUUAGUGAUGCUUCCGUACAUAACCCUCAAUCACCUUUUAAUAUAUUAAAUUUAGACGAUAGAUCUAUACAGCCAAAUCAAAUGUUAGAAUACUCAAGCCUGGAUAAAAUAACCGGACCGAAAAAAGAGAAAUUAGAAGCAUUUUGGCAAGACUUUAUGUUGCAUCAUAAAUUAUCUCAAAUGACACAAGAUACAUUAAUCCUUCCUGGGCAGCCUGGGAUGGCUCUAGCAUUGGUUUUUUAUCACGUUAUGUGUGAAGCGUUCAGUUUUUCUAAAAAAUUGGAAAGUUUUUCUAAAAAAUUGGAAAGUUUUUCGAUACAGGACCAAGCCGUUUAUUCUCAUGGUCUCAACCAGGUGUACAAACGUCAUACUAUGCUUCUAAAUAGUCACAAAAAAAUUAUACCGUAUCCUAUACCGACGAUUUGUUUCAAAAAAACAAUACUUUUGUUGGUUGACCCUGUGUCUGCAAAAACAGUCAAUAAUAUUGAAGAGUCCCCAAGUAGUGGAACGUCGUUUUUCUUGGACAAUUGUUUCGAUGAAAAAAUCGAAACAAUUAUUAGAAACUAUAUAGAGAGUAUUAAGAAAUCAAACUCAAUUUGUUCCCGAAUGCUUACACAUGAUCUUCACUUUUCGUUUGAUUACAUAGACACCGCCACGGGCAAUGUAAAAGAAAAAAUAGAAGUAAUGGAGAAUUUGAUUCAAUCUGGCAAAAGCUAUCGUUCACAACUGAAUUUAAUUUUGCGGAAUCACAAAGAAAGCAGUUCUUCCGAUUUUAACAAGGAAAUCGCCCGACUUGAAGCUAACAAGAAAAAAAAUGAUGAACUUGAAAUAAAUGACAAGCAAAAAAAUAAAAAAAAACCAAAUCUUCUACAAAGAGUUCUAUUAUCGCCGUUUUCAAAAAGAAAACACGCAAAAGGUGUCUUGAACGAAAAGGCAAAAACUGAAGAUAAUGCAAAGACCGAUUUUCUAAAUGAAAAAAAGGAUGCUUACACUAAAAGUGAUAUAACGCGUUUUGGUUCUUCUUCCAGUGAUUCAUCUGAGAUUUCUUCUAAAACCGGCAACCUGAUCUCUGAGAGUGUCCCCAAAGAAAUAACCGAAGUUUCACAGCCUUCAAAUAGUCAAGAGAGUAAACGACUAUUCCAACGGAAACGCAAUUUCGUUGGAAAGCCAAAUAAACCGAAAAAUCAUAAUAGCGUUUUAAACUCAUUGACAAAGGAUUCACAUAAAUCGACUUUCUACUAUGAUUUAAAUUCCACACUCCCUGACAACUCAAAAUUAUAAGAUAUAAGUGUGCGGCCAGACUCUGACUCAAACACGGCUGAAGCGGCAGACGAGAACAAAGCCGAAUCUAAUUUUUUAAAAAUUAAGAAUCCGGGAAAAAUAGGUGCCGUAUCCCCUCAUCGUGAAGCUUUAGUUAAAGAGUUAAAACAAUUUCAGUUGAAAAAAACCAGGUCCUACAAAUGGGUGAAAACCUUAUAAAUGUGCGUAACUAGCGCAUCGUGACUCGUACAAAAUGUAUUGUGAUGGUUAAGGAUCAGAUUACAGAAUAGAAAUCCCUACAAGGAAGUAUGCUAUAAGAAAUAACAUAAGCCAUCUUUAAAUCACAUAAAUUAUGAAGAUUAACAACAGGAAAAUAUAAACUCGCUUAAUUUUAAAGUAUCACAUUAAUUAGAAGAAAUCUCCGAUAUAUGUUGAACAUUAAUUAACUUAUUACAGCUUUAACUAAAAAUAUUUAUUAAAAUUUAAUUUUUUAAUUGUAGAAUAUAAUUUGAGUGUAUAUAGUUGGUUCGACCAGCAAUACUCGUCCUGUAUGAAGAAAAAAAAUUUUUAAAUCUUCACCGAUGUAUUUUAUUCAACUGA